AUGCCCCGUUCAAUUACUGAUGUAAAAGACCCUCGUGAAACACCAUUAGAAGAUGAAAUAGAUAUACCAUUAGUGGAAAAAUCCGAAGUAGCUUCUAAGGAUGCGGAAGUGACGAAUGGACAAGAUGAAAGUUUGGUCCGGGGUCCCGAAGUGAAUGGUGGACCUCUAGCUGAUCAAUCCUUUAGUUCGACGCAUACAAAAACAGAGCCCAAAGAAAUUAAUUUGACACCUUCCAGUGUCUUGGGAACCAAUUUUUUACAUCACAGCUCAAAUAAAAGGAAAGAUUUUUUUGGUGGUGCCGAAUCAACAGGGGUUACCCCUCCUACCACUAAUCUGAACAACCAUCAGUUUAAUAAUGGAAGCCCGAUCAAGAAUGCCAUGCUAGGAAUAAUAAUGACUCCCACCUCACAAACACAACCACAAGAACUGCCACUGUUGCCAUCACCUCAGGAAGGGGGUGGAAAUCCAGCGAUGAGUGUUGCAACAGAGUUGCAGCUAAGUAAGGCCCCAAUGAACCCAAAUACUAUCAUAAAUACUCCAGCUAAUAUUUUUCAACCGCAAGGAACUCAAGCACAUACUUUACCUAACAAUCCAAUUGCUCCCGAUGCCGAAGUUGAUGAUCCUUCAAUUGACUUUUCGAAACCUUCAACUGGGGAUUCCCCAAUAAACGAAAGGUCUAUACAUUCUCAAGAACUACCUCUGAUAACUUCGAAACCUGGUUCUCAGGAGUCGGACUAUGGACCAUUUACUAUAGAUGAAGUAAUCAAUUUACUUGUGUAUGGAUUACCGACAACAAUGACAGAAUAUGCUGAUCAUUUAUUCAAAAUUGGUACACUUGUUUAUGAGGAACUGCUCCCAUUACCUCAAUUUUUUGCAUUAGAGCAAAAAUUCUAUAAGUUAAUGGAACUUUUAGACUAUUUUUGUACCAUGCAGCCUGAUCCGGUUAAUUCCCAAUUGCAUUUGUUGGUUCAACAGAAUUUUGAUAUCUUUAUUAAAAUCUCCACGAACCACAAGAAAGUGGAUUUUGCCACAAGAACUGUUCGUUUCCUUACUGAUAUAAUAAUGCGUCUAAACUAUUGGGAAAUUUAUAACCUUCUAGCGUGGAAGCCAGCACUCUAUAGGUUUCUUCAACUCAUUAAGUUUGAUAUGGAUGAGUGCUAUAAACGAUUUUUAACAGAUUAUUCUGUAUAUACUUUUGCUAAAGUAGAGCAGGCAAAAACAAUUGUCAGACCCAAACGAAGAAAGUUGGCACCUCAAAAGGAAGUGGAGAUUUCAAAUGGACAAGAACAAGGACAAUCAAAAUCAAGGAAAUAUUCAGAUGAAGUAUUAUCUGAAGGAGAAAUUAGUUCACCUGGCACAUCUCAAAAUGGUGUGGGAUAUGAUUAUAUGGGCGAGGAUCUGUCUGACAGUAUAAGUGAGUAUAGUGAAGAUGAAUCUAGUAGUGAUACUGAAACGCGGAAAAGAAGAAGACGUUCGGAUGCCCAUUCAGUGGCUCGUCCUUCUUCUGGGACCUCCAAAUUGAAUUAUGAAUCUGGAGUGCGAUAUUUUGGUAAUGGGCAACCUAAACGCAAAUACUCAAAAAUGGCAGAAGGUGAAAGCAAGGCAGCUAAAGUAAUAAAGAAAAUAAGCUCCAAGCCUUCCAAUAAGUCAUCAAAUUAUGAUCCUGAUGUUGUACAUGAAUGUCAAUUACCUUCACCAGAUGAGCCUCAUAAAUUAUGUUUACGUCGGUUUUCACGUAAGUAUGAAUUGAUAAGACACCAGGAAACAGUUCAUUCUAAGAAGAAAAAGCUUUUCAAAUGUUUUGUUUGUGUCAAGCAAAACCCAUCAGUUGGACCAAGGAUAUUUACUCGACAUGAUACUUUGGCUAAACAUAUAAGGGUUAACCAUAAGAUCUCAGGUAAAGAAGCUAAAGCUGAGGUUGCGUUUCUGAAAAGGCAUGCGGAAGUUGUUGAAGAAGGUGAUAUUACAGUCCACGUAGGAAGACGCAAGACCAAAGUUGAUUUUGAAUUGCGCAAGCACAUGGAAAAGAAACGGUUAACAAAGAGAGGAGAAGGAGGGCUGGAUUCAAGUCUGGAAGACGAAGAUGAAGAUUUGGAAGAAGAAGGGAAAGAUAUUGGUGAUGAUCCAUUUGAUCAAGUUUCCGAAUGA